AUGCCCACCAAGACUGAAGGCUUCCGCACUGCAGAAAGCAAUAAAGGAGAAGCCAUGCGCACUCUGAUGGGAAAAUAUGGUGAAAUUGAUUUAAUUAUCAGCAUUCUUUUAAAAAUGUUUUCCUUUUUUCUCUUAUUUUUCUUUAAUUUUUCUUUCUUACUUCCUUUUUUCUUUCUUUCUUACUUCCUUUUUUCUUUCUUUCUUACUUCCUUUUUUUCUUUCUUUCUUACUUCCUUUUUUUCUUUCUUUCUUACUUCCUUUUUUUCUUUCUUUCUUACUUCCUUUUUUUCUUUCUUUCUUACUUCCUUUUUUUCUUUCUUUCUUACUUCCUUGUUUUCUUACUUCCUUGUUUUCUUUCUUUCCUUGUUUUCUUACUUCCUUGUUUUCUUUCUUUCCUUGUUUUCUUUCUUCCUUGUUUUCUUUCUUUCCUUGUUUUCUUUCUUUCCUUGUUUUCUUUCUUUCCUUGUUUUCUUUCUUUCCUUGUUUUCUUUCUUUCCUUGUUUUCUUUCUUUCCUUGUUUUCUUUCUUGUUUUCUUUCUUGUUUUCUUUCUUGUUUUCUUUCUUGUUUUCUUUCUUGUUUUCUUUCUUGUUUUCUUUCUUGUUUUCUUUCUUGUUUUCUUUCUUGUCUUGUUUUCUUUCUUGUUUUCUUUCUUGUCUUGUUUUCUUUCUUGUUUUCUUUCUUCUGUCGACGUAGAAAUGCUCCCCAGAAGAGAAAAAAAAAAUCCUCCUUUCUUCUUCUUUUUUCCUUUCUUUUUUCCUUUCUUUUUUCCUUUCUUUUUUCCUUUCUUUUUUCCUUUCUUUUUUCCUUUCUUUUUUUCCUUUCUUUUUCCUUUCUUUUUCCUUUCUUUUUUCUUUCUUUUCUUUCUUUUUUUCUUUUUUCCUUUCUUUUUCCUUUCUUUUUCCUUUCUUUUUUUCUUUCUUUUUUCCUUUCUUUUUUUCCUUUCUUUUUCCUUUCUUUUUUCCUUUUCUUUUUUUUUUCUUUCUUUUUCCUUUCUUUUUUCCUUUCUUUUUCCUUUCUUUUUCCUUUCUUUUUUUUCUUUUUCCUUUCUUUUUUUUCUUUUUCCUUUCUUUUUUUUCUUUUUCCUUUCUUUUUUUUCUUUUUCCUUUCUUUUUUUUCUUUUUCCUUUCUUUUUUUUCUUUUUCCUUUCUUUUUUUUCUUUUUCCUUUCUUUUUCCUUUUUUUUCCUUUCUUUUUUUCCUUUCUUUUUCCUUUCUUUUUCCUUUCUUUUUUUCCUUUCUUUUUUCCUUUCUUUUUUCCUUUCUUUUUUCCUUUCUUUUUUCCUUUCUUUUUUCCUUUCUUUUUUCCUUUCUUUUUUCCUUUCUUUUUUCCUUUCUUCGCACUCUGACCUCGCUCUCUCUCAGGCACUCUGACCUUUCGCUCUCUCUCAGGCACUCUGACACUCGCUCUCUCUCAGGCACUCCUGACACUCGCUCUCUCUCAGGCACUCCCACCACCUCUCUCAGGCACUCUCUCUCAGGCACUCUGACGCUCUCUCUCAGGCACUCUGACACUCGCUCUCUCUCAGGCACUCUGACACUCGCUCUCUCUCAGGCACUCUGA